AUGCUUAGAAAAAUAAAGGGAGCGGCCCAAUCUGUUCAUAGAAUAAAUAGAGGCAGAUACGUGGAAGUGAGUAGAAAUGGGCCAAUUGCCUCGGUUGGACCAAAUACCCACCACUGCCGGUUCUACAUGCAUUAUAAGUUUAGCGCAACACGUAGUUCAUUUUGGUGGCUUGCAACAAGGGAAAGCUAUAACAAAUGCUGUACUUUUAGAAACUUUUCUGUAACCUCAGCAAGUAAUGACGUCACGCAUCAUUCUCAGAUUGCUUGGAAAAGGCUGUACAGAAAGUACUGUUCCAGUUGUGAUAGUACAUUUUCUCCCACCAUAAAUAUGAUUGCUCAAGCGGUGAGCUUGUCUUUGACUCGCUCUUAUUUGCUGGUUCCUGGUAUUUUUGCAUUUGCAUGUGGAGAGCUUGCAUUGUCUCAACGAAGAUGGGGAGAUGCAGAACGAUACCCAUCACAUGAUGCAUUGUAUAUGCGUGCAAGAGAUGGGUAUAAUUACAUGUUUACAUUUACAUUCAUGAUAGUUGAAGGUGUUGUUUUAUUAGUGAGGGCUCUUUAUCUAGCUGUAUUAUUCUCUCCAAGCAUUGUGAUGGGACCGUUUGCAGAUUAUUUUGGACCAAAUUUUAGGAAACUGUGGCUACAUGUUGUUCUUCGAACACUAGAAAGAGCAGGCCCUGCUUUCAUUAAAUGGGGUCAGUGGGCAGCUACGCGUCCUGAUCUUUUUCCUCGAGAUCUAUGCACCAAGCUUUCUGAACUUCAUAGUAAAGCUCCUGAGCAUAGUUUCAGCUACACAAAGAAAACCAUAGAAAAAGCAUUUAACCGAAAAAUUUCUGAAAUUUUUGAAAAUUUUGAAGAAGUUCCUGUUGCAUCUGGAAGCAUUGCUCAAGUGCACCGUGCUACAUUAAAAUAUCGGUAUCCUGGUAAGCAAGCAAAACCACUGGUGGUUGCUGUAAAGGUUAGACAUCCUGGUGUGGGAGAGUCGAUCAGAAGGGAUUUUGCUAUUAUCAAUACAGCGGCAAAAAUUUCCAUGUUCAUUCCCGCGCUAAAGUGGUUAAGAUUAGAUGAGAGUGUACAACAGUUUGCAGUUUUCAUGAUGUCCCAAGUUGACCUUGCUAGGGAAGCUGCCCAUUUAAACCGCUUCAUUUAUAAUUUCCGCAGCUGGAAGGAUGUUUCUUUCCCUAAGCCUGUCUAUCCACUUGUCCACCCUGCUGUUUUGGUAGAAACAUAUGAAAAGGGAGAAAGUGUCGCACAUUAUGUCGAUGAUUUUCAAGGACAUGAGCAUUUUAAAUCUGCUCUUGCUCACAUCGGGACUCAUGCACUUUUGAAGAUGCUUCUGGUGGACAACUUCAUUCAUGCAGAUAUGCAUCCUGGAAAUAUCCUUGUCCGAGGAAAGUCUAGCAAACGACUUUUCAAAUCAAAGCCUCAUGUAAUUUUUCUAGAUGUAGGCAUGACUGCCGAACUCUCUGGUAGUGAUAGGGUAAACUUGCUUGAAUUUUUCAAAUCUGUUGCCCGCCGGGAUGGCCGCACUGCUGCAGAAUGCGCACUCAGUUUAUCAAAGAAACAGAAUUGCCCUAAUCCAAAGGCUUUUAUCGAGGAAGUGGAAGAGUCGUUUAAUUUUUGGGGCACCCCUGAAGGUGACAUAGUUCACCCUGCAGAGUGCAUGGAGCAAUUACUCGAGAAAGUUAGGCGUCAUAGAGUUAAUAUUGAUGGUAAUGUUUGUACUGUCAUGGUGACAACCUUGGUUCUUGAGGGUUGGCAGCGAAAGCUUGAUCCCGGGUACGAUGUGAUGCAGACGCUGCAGACUUUGCUGCUUAGAGCGGAUUGGGCAAAGGAUCUUUCUUACACAAUUGAUGGACUUAUGGCCCCUUGA